UGCCUCGUCCUCGCCCCGGGGCUGCCCGGCCCCUCCCCUCCCCCGCGAGCUGCGCACCGGCAGCCGGCUGACCCAGCAGCCCGCGCCCGCGCCCUUGUCCGCGCGAGCCGGCGGCGGGCUCCAGUUUAGCCGGCGACAUGAGCGGCGGCGGCGGCGACGACGUGGUGUGUACCGGCUGGCUGAGGAAAUCGCCUCCCGAGAAGAAGUUGAGGCGCUAUGCCUGGAAGAAACGCUGGUUUAUACUUCGGAGUGGCCGAAUGAGUGGAGAUCCAGAUGUUUUGGAAUACUACAAGAAUGAGCACUCCAAGAAACCCCUGCGGAUCAUCAACCUGAACGUCUGUGAGCAGGUGGAUGCAGGCCUGACCUUCAACAAGAAAGAGCUGCAGGAUAGUUUUGUGUUUGAUAUCAAGACCAGCGAGCGCACAUUUUACCUGGUGGCUGAGACAGAGGCUGACAUGAAUAAGUGGGUCCAGAGCAUCUGCCAGAUCUGUGGCUUCAAUCAGGCUGAAGAGAGCACAGACUCCCUGAGGAACCUUUCUUCAGCCAGUCAUGGUCCCCGCUCUUCUCCAGCUGAGUUCAGCUCCAGUCAGCACCUGCUCCGAGAACGGAAGUCCUCAGCCCCUUCACACUCUAGCCAGCCUACUUUAUUCACGUUUGAGCCCCCUGUGUCAAGCCACAUGCAGCCUACCUUGUCCACCAGUGCACCUCAGGAGUAUCUCUACUUGCACCAGUGCAUAAGCAGAAGGACAGAAAAUGCAAGGAGUGCCAGCUUCUCUCAGGGCACCCGGCAGAAGAGUGAUACAGCAGUGCAAAAACUUGCCCAGAGCAAUGGACACUGUAUCAACGGAGUCGGUGGUCAAGUCCAUGGCUUCUAUAGCCUUCCCAAGCCAAGCCGACACAAUACAGAAUUCAAAGACAGUACUUAUGAUCUCCCACGGAGCCUAGCUUCCCAUGGCCACACCAAGAGCAGCCUCACAGGGUCUGAGACUGAUAAUGAGGAUGUGUACACCUUCAAGAUGCCCAGCAACACCCUGUGUCGGGAACUGGGAGACCUCCUUGUGGACAAUAUGGAUGUCCCAACCACUCCUCUCUCAGCCUACCAGAUCCCUAGAACAUUCACACUGGACAAGAACCACAAUGCCAUGACAGUGGCCACUCCUGGAGAUUCAGCCAUAGCUCCCCCACCCCGGCCACCCAAGCCAAGUCAGGCAGAAACACCUCAAUGGGGCAGCCCUCAGCAAAGACCUCCAAUCAGUGAAAAUAGCAGAUCUGUAGCUGCUACUAUCCCCAGGCGCAAUACCCUCCCUGCAAUGGACAACAGCCGACUCCAUCGAGCUUCUUCCUGUGAGACCUAUGAGUACCCAGCACGAGGCAGUGGAGAAAGUGCCAGCUGGUCUGCUGAAUCUCCAGGAAAGACUGCCGUAGGUCGAUCAAAUAGUGCCAGCUCUGAUGACAACUACGUGCCCAUGAACCCAGGUUCUUCUACCCUGCUGGCUAUGGAACGACCAGGGGACAACUCCCAGAGUGUCUACAUCCCCAUGAGCCCAGGGCCCCAUCACUUUGACCCCCUUGGCUACCCGUCCACAGCCCUUCCUAUUCACAGAGGCCCCAGCCGAGGAAGUGAGAUCCAGCCACCCCCGGUCAACCGAAACCUCAAGCCUGACCGAAAAGCAAAGCCAACACCCCUUGACCUGAGAAACAACACUGUCAUCGAUGAGCUGCCCUUCAAGUCACCUGUCACCAAGUCUUGGUCCAGGAUCAACCACACCUUUAACUCUAGUUCCUCCCAGUACUGCCGUCCUAUCUCCACACAGAGCAUCACCAGCACAGACUCGGGAGACAGUGAGGAGAACUAUGUCCCUAUGCAAAACCCAGUAUCUGCAUCCCCUGUUCCCAGUGGCACUAACAGCCCAGCUCCAAAGAAGAGUACUGGCAGUGUGGAUUAUCUCGCCCUGGACUUCCAGCCGGGCUCCCCAAGCCCUCACCGCAAGCCAUCCACAUCAUCUGUCACAUCAGAUGAGAAGGUAGACUAUGUCCAAGUGGAUAAAGAGAAGACCCAGGCCCUGCAGAACACCAUGCAGGAGUGGACGGAUGUGCGGCAGUCCUCCGAACCUUCCAAGGGUGCCAAGCUGUAAUGAAGGGGGCCGCCAAGUUCAAGAGCCAUGAGGCAGCUGCCCAGACCUGCCUCUUCUGUCACCUCUUUCUCCAUUUCUCCCUACACCUCCUCUCCCCUGUACCACUUUCAGCCUUCAAAGCACUCAACAUCAGGGACCUGACCCUUUCCCAUCAGAGGCAAGGGUCUGGUGGAGAUACUUCCUCUGCCACUUGGGUUCCACCUAUGACUUGUGUCAAUACUAGCUGUGCCUCCACCACCUUAGUUAGGAGCUGUUGCCAAAAAAGCUUCCUGCUUUGGACCCAUUUGUCUGCUGCUUGGACUCUUAGAGGGAGGGCUGAAGCUCUGAGAUAGGCUCAUGCCUCAUGUCUGCUCACUGCUCUCUACCCUCUACCUCAGGGCUGCUUCUCCAUCCCCAGCGGAGGAUGAUAACCCAGGGAGCCAAGAACCAGCAGACCAAAGUACACAUGUGUUUUCCUAUCCCUGCGAUUUUGGCAAGGAAAAGGCAAGGAGCCACAAGACGAAAUGGUUGAUAGUGGAAGUCGGAAGUUGCCUUGAGUGAGAAAGAAAUUAUGUCCCCAGAUAUGGGAGUGUAGCUGAUAACUUGCAGGGUGGUACCCAAUAUCAGGCCAUGCUGCACCUUUGCUGUAGACUGGGAGAGACAAAAUAUGAAGGACAGCUGGAAGGAAAACUGACAAUGAUAAGCAACCAAGAGUAGCAGAAGUCUUUGGGGUGGCAAAGCUUGGAGCUGGAGGACUCUGCCACUCUGGGACAGGCAGUCCUCUUCCCUGGCCCUGAUAAUGAGAUGAGACAGAGUAGGGAAGACCAUAGCAGGUGAUAUGGGGGAUGGGAGGCAGGGGGGAUCCUGGGACAGGAGUGUGCUAAGCUCAGAGCAGUACAGGGACACUGCCAUGGAAAGAAAGUUUCUAGUAGGUAGGAGGGAUGACUUAGAGACUGGGAGGCAGGCAAGACAUGUAGCAAGUGGGUACAUGUGUCCAAAAGGCCUGAUGGGGAGCCCAAGGCCACAUGCAGAAGUACAGCAGGGAGCAGAAUGAGAAGGAGUCAUACUUUGACCAAGGAAAUCUAGAAAUCACAUGAGGGUCUGGGUAAUGGCUUGUGCCAGACAGAAGCACCUCUGACCUAGUGCCAGACCAGGUCUUUUCUCUGUUGUCCUCAGCUGCAGGGAUGGUAGAAGCUAACCCUCUCCUCCCAUGGCUUCAGAGGUCACCAGAGCAGAAGGGAUGGAAAGCUGUCAUUGCCUAAGGCUCUUAAGGUAGGGCAGGGAGAUCUGAAUGUGUUUGUGUUGAAAGUUGACCAAAUUUUCAAGCAUUUCAUUGCAGAAGAAAAACAGGGAAAACCAGCAUUUCAUUUUGCCCUAGAUGAACAGAUUGUUGUCCUCAAAAAACUAGGACUGUUGAGAAGUAAAGACACACCUCACCUCUCUCCUCCAGAGAGCCCUGUCUAGGAGUUCCUCAGUAGUAGCCCCUCUUCUUACAUUAGGAUGGAUCAUUUAGCAAUGCUUGCCAAGCCCUGUGCUACCUUGUAUAGUCAUACCUUGUCCCUAACUACAGGUCACAAUCAGUGAGAAAAGUAAACCAUAAAGAUGACUGGCAAGUACAUAGAAAGGAAAAGUGCUAAAGGAAACUGAGCUACAGGGAGGGGAAGCCUCCAGGAGGGAGCAGAAUGAAUUUUAGGCAAGGGAUAGGCAGAGGUGGGUGCAUGGAGGAGACAGAAGAGGUGAGGGAAGCCUCAGCUUUGGGAACAGAGGGUCUUUGAAGGUAUGAAGUGUGCACUGUCACCUUGAGUGAAAUGGGGCUGUGAAUGGUUGCACUGAGCAGUAUUACAAGGUACUUGGCUGGCUC